AUGGCUGGCCUCAUCGACCCGACAAAGGCGGGCAAAUACCCCGUCGUCCUGAGUGACCGUCUUUUGGGCAAAGAACAUAACGAAAUCUUCACAGGCGUGCGCUACAACCACAAACCAAGCGGAAUCUCCGAGUCGUCAACCGCCCGGGUCAAGCCGUCGAACGCCGGACAGACAUCAUCCUACGAUCUCACAAUAUCCGAAUCGGACGGCACAUAUGCCUACCAAGGCAUGAGGAGUGUCGGAGACGGACGCUACGUCAUGUACUUUGACCCAAGGAGAGAGGUCUUUGUACUCGACAGGCUCGACUCGACUUUCCACAUGAACCUGACGCGUAUGCCAGGGAACUCAGAUGCAAGCAGCCUGGAACGACGACAUCCCCACAUCAAGGCCGCGGACACUGCGCACAAGAAGACAGAGGCCAAACCCAAGGCUAAGCCGAAUCCCAGGGCCAAGAGUCCGUCGCCCAACAAGAAGGAGCCCGCUGCGAGGAAGCCGGAGCGCAAAGCCAAGAACAUUGACCUUGCGCUACCGCCGGCUGCAAAAACAGCAACAGCAGAAUCGAAACGAAAGAAGGCGCCAGAGAAGGACGAGGACGAAGAAGAGGAAGAAGACGACCCGCUGCAGGUCGAGUACCCGGACGGCAGCGGACCCAAAGCCAAUGGCCGUGGCUUCUCACCAGCCGUCACGUCCGUCAGGCCGUUUGACGAGUUUAUGGACCGGCGGGAAAGCGAGGCUGACGACGCCGAUGGCGAGAGCAUGGAUGAAGAGGAGGACUUCAAGCUGCCUAGUCCGGUGAAGCAGCCCCAACAGGGCGGGUACGCAUCGGAUAAUCAUGAGGAGGCGGGCGCCGCCGAGGGCGAUACACAGCGAUCCCUGGAGGAUGAGCUUGAGAAGGACCUUGAAGAGGCAUUUGAGAUGGAGAUGGCCGAGGACAGCGGUGAGGCUGAGCCCCAGCAAGACGACGAGAGCGACAUUAGUGAGGAGGACUGA